AUGCCACAGCUGGAGACGGAACGAGAAGCCAUCCCCGACGUGCCGGCGAUAUAUUUCUGCCGCCCAACGGAAGAGAACAUGCGACGAAUCGCGGCCGACGCUGGCAAAAGGCUCUACAGCAACCUGUUCAUCAAUCUGUCGAGCAAGCUCGAGCGGCCGCUGAUGGAGCUCCUGGCGCGAGAAACCUUGGCGGAAGGCAGCGUAGACAUGAUCUCCAAGAUUUUUGACCAGAACCUUGAGUUCGUCUCCUUAGAGCACCGCCUUUUCAGCCUCGACCGACCGGGAUCGUACGUGCAGUACAACGACCCGACCUGCCCAGACGCUCAGAUCGAAAACUACAUGAAGAGCAUGGCGAGUGCCCUUUUCGGGGUCUUGGCCACCGCGGGAGGGGUGCCGAUAAUCCGCGCGCUUCCCGGAGGGCCGACGCAAAUGCUUUCGGAACAAUUGAGCAAGGGUUCCAGAGACCGCUCGUGGUCGUCAUGCACCGGGGCAUGGAUCUUGUUUCUGCUCUCAGACACAACAGGUGAUUCGGAUUGGUGCAAGCACGUAGUUGGCUGCGUGGUGUUUGUCGUGCUGGCUGGUGAUGCACUUCUGAGAGCCACUAUAGUGUACAGUUUCGUGUGCUCCAAGAUUCCUGUGACCGCCGCAGAACGUUGUUUGAGCAUCUGUUGCCCUUUGCCAAACCAUGGUUACCCACGCGGUGUUCUACUGGUUAUCGGUUCAUCCGGCGAGCGCAGCACAUACCAAGCCCUGGUGGACGAUGUUCUGGACCAUCGGUUGAACCGGGUGACGGUGCAGAUGGAGGGGAAGAACGGGCAAGGGAAACGGCCCAAGACGUACGACGUUGACGCCGAAAAUGUGAGUGGCAAAAUCUUGUUUGGGGCGGGAAUCAACGCCGACGCGGCAUCGUCUGGCUUGGGGGUAAGCACUCCCAUCGGCGGUGCGGCCGGAGGAGGAGGGGACGAAGCAACGCAGGAGCUUGCAGCGGCGGUGGAGUCGCUGCCGAAGCUUUUGGAGCAGAAGAAGGGGCUAGAAAUGCACACCAACAUUUUGAAGGCCAUCAUGGAUGAUGUGGCGGCGCGCGAAGUGCCAGUGUACUUCGAGGUUGAGGAGGAGAUUAUAUCUGCCCCGUCCAAGCGGACGAAGAGCAGGGUGCAAGAGCUUCUUGUCAGCGGCAAGGGCUCCAUCCGCGACAAGCUCCGCUUGCUGGGAGUGUACUGCUUGGCGGUCAGACCGUCCACAGCGGAAGUCACAGAGCUGGAGGGUCUCUUGAAGCAGUCCGCUGCUAGCUCUGGGGUUAACGGGGCGGAGGAGGAAGCGCAAAGGGGGCUGGGGGCGAUCGGGUUCCUGCGGCAGCAGAUUUCCUUGCAGCACUUGCCGACAAUGCAAGCUGGAGGGGGGUCAGCCGAGGCUCCUCUGUCUGGUCCAAACAAGAUGCUCUCUGGACUGUUUGCGAAAGCACAAACGCAAGCAACUGGAUUGUUGGCAAAGGUGGGCCAUCAUGUGGUAUUCCUUAUGAUAUAGAUACCCUCGUAUUGAACGGUCCCCUUUCUUUUAACGGUCGAUGCUCGACGCUCUAAAUACUUGUUUUCCCACGUGUAUGAAUUGCAAGGUAUCCUGUUGGCCUCGAGAUGUCACCACUUGAAUGUGUGAAGGCGAAUAAGGUGCCAUGAAAUAUUGCAUUAGUUAAGACACGGAUCUUCAAGUGCACUGCGACCUCGGUAAAAUCGUGUCGCCAAUUGUGCCGCAUACUCUGCCCCCACCGGUACGUUGCUGACGUCGUGAUACGGGUUGACUGACGCGACACAAGUACUCCUUUUUCUUUUUCUUUCGCGACUGCUCGAUCUUGCUGCCGCGGA